AUGGUUCUCAAACCUUUGCAAGUUCUCUUUAUGGUCACUUUAACACUCAUUAGUCAUCAUAUAACUAAGGAAAAGAUAUAUUCAAACACGCGAAGCUGUUCAAAAGCUGGUUGUCGUGAAGAUUACUCAACAUUUCCACAUCGUCUAAGCAAAAAGAUUCGGUUGCCAAUAUACACUUAUUACCAUGCCAAGAACACUGGCAACAUAAUGAAGAACAAGGAAUAUUUUCUUUCUGCCCUUCACCCUUCACUUUUUGAAACGCAAACAAGGAAGUUAAUUGCCUCUUUUACUGGUCACCCAUCAGGCAAACAGGAACACGAUACCUUUGAUUCUCUUUACCAAUCAGGAGUUACUGCAACUGGCGUUGAUGCAAAGCACGGGAAUCACUUGGGAAUCAGCUAUCGCGGUGGACUAAGACUGUUUCUGGCAACUAUGCAGUAUAAAGUUCCAGGAGAGUGUAUCUUUGCUAAACUUUUUGUUGCCUGCUUGAUGAUGAGCAUUAAGAAAAAAAAUGCCUUUGAUUCCCUUUACCAAUCAGGAGUUACUGCAACUGGCGUUGAUGCAAAGCACGGGAAUCACUGUCAUCUUGAUGUGGUAGCAAGGCAGUCUUUUAUUGUGGUGAAAUUCAAAGAUAAUAGCUUUGAGAACAAAAAUGCCUUUGGUCCUCUUUACCAAUCAGGAGUUACUGCAACUGACGUUGAUGCAAAGCACGGGAAUCACUUGGGAAUCAGCUAUCGUGGUGGACUAAGACUGUUUCUGGCAACUAUGCAGUAUAAAGUUCCAGGAGAGUGUAUCUUUGCUAAACUUUUUGUUGCCUGCUUGAUGAUGAGCAUUAAGAAAAAAAAUGCCUUUGAUUCCCUUUACCAAUCAGGAGUUACUGCAACUGGCGUUGAUGCAAAGCACGGGAAUCACUGUCAUCUUGAUGUGGUAGCAAGGCAGUCUUUUAUUGUGGUGAAAUUCAAAGAUAAUAGCUUUGAGAACAAAAAUGCCUUUGGUCCUCUUUACCAAUCAGGAGUUACUGCAACUGACGUUGAUGCAAAGCACGGGAAUCACUUGGGAAUCAGCUAUCGUGGUGGACUAAGACUGUUUCUGGCAACUAUGCAGUAUAAAGUUCCAGGAGAGUGUAUCUUUGCUAAACUUUUUGUUGCCUGCUUGAUGAUGAGCAUUAAGAAAAAAAAUGCCUUUGAUUCCCUUUACCAAUCAGGAGUUACUGCAACUGGCGUUGAUGCAAAGCACGGGAAUCACUGUCAUCUUGAUGUGGUAGCAAGGCAGUCUUUUAUUGUGGUGAAAUUCAAAGAUAAUAGCUUUGAGAACAAAAAUGCCUUUGGUCCUCUUUACCAAUCAGGAGUUACUGCAACUGACGUUGAUGCAAAGCACGGGAAUCACUUGGGAAUCAGCUAUCGUGGUGGACUAAGACUGUUUCUGGCAACUAUGCAGUAUAAAGUUCCAGGAGAGUGUAUCUUUGCUAAACUUUUUGUUGCCUGCUUGAUGAUGAGCAUUAAGAAAAAAAAUGCCUUUGAUUCCCUUUACCAAUCAGGAGUUACUGCAACUGGCGUUGAUGCAAAGCACGGGAAUCACUGUCAUCUUGAUGUGGUAGCAAGGCAGUCUUUUAUUGUGGUGAAAUUCAAAGAUAAUAGCUUUGAGAACAAAAAUGCCUUUGGUCCUCUUUACCAAUCAGGAGUUACUGCAACUGACGUUGAUGCAAAGCACGGGAAUCACUUGGGAAUCAGCUAUCGUGGUGGACUAAGACUGUUUCUGGCAACUAUGCAGUAUAAAGUUCCAGGAGAGUGUAUCUUUGCUAAACUUUUUGUUGCCUGCUUGAUGAUGAGCAUUAAGAAAAAAAAUGCCUUUGAUUCCCUUUACCAAUCAGGAGUUACUGCAACUGGCGUUGAUGCAAAGCACGGGAAUCACUGUCAUCUUGAUGUGGUAGCAAGGCAGUCUUUUAUUGUGGUGAAAUUCAAAGAUAAUAGCUAUGAGAGAAAGAUGCCUUCGGUCCUCUUUACCAAUCAGGAGUUACUGCAACUGACGUUGAUGCAAAGCACGGGAAUCACUGUUAGUUUCUAG